AUGACGGUAAUAACGGUAAUGAUAAUGACGAUAAUAAUGGUAAUGAUAGUGAUGUUAAAGGAAGUGGUAAUAAUGAUAAUGAUGAGGAUUACGCCUAUAAUAUUGAUGUUAGUGACGAUGAUGAUAACAACAAUAAUAGUGGUGAUAGUAAAUGAUUGCAAUGGUUACGAUGGCGAUGAUGACGAUAACAGUUACAUUAAUAAUAUUAAUAUUCGUAAUAAUGGUGACGCUAGUGAUGAUAUUGAUGAUGAUGAUGAUGAUGAUGAUGAUGAGAUAAAUGAAUAA